AUGGACAAGCUGCCGGUAGAGAUCCUGACCAAAAUCAUCGACCUUCUCACCCCGUGUGAGAAGGUGCAGCUACAAUUGGUCUCCAAAAAGAUCUUUGACCUCGCCCGCGAUAAUAACCUCUGGAAACUUCACUGUUAUGAGGAGUCGUGGGCUGCUUUGCGAGCUUCCCGUCCCGCAGGCCGGAACUCGGAGAGCCUGCUUACCAAUGAGACUGCGACCUUGAGCACUCUGGGACAGACCUCGUUGCGCGAUCUCAUUCAACCCCCUGCUCCACAGCCUGAUCAUGACGUCCAGGAUCCACGAGGGUUGCCCUUGAGUGAGAGAGCGAGGGCAGCGGCCGAGUGGGACUCGUCAGCAGAGGGAGAACACGUGGAUUGGUACUCGGAAUAUAUUGCUCGUCAUGGGCCUCUUUCUUUUUCAUGGGUGCAGCAACCGCUGCAUGCAAAAGGUGAAGGUCGCAAGCGGGAGCCCUAUGAGGUAAAGGGCAUGGGGCUGCUGAAAGACUGGAGUUCUGCGCGCGAAAAUAAGGUCAUUGCACCACUUGACGACGGCAGCGUCUGUAUUUGGGAUCUGAACCAUUCUCACUCAUCUGAUUCACAAUCAGGCAAAGGCAGGAUCCUUGGGAUGAGCGAGCCGGGUGUCCUCAUGAAGGAUCUCUCUGGGCGAAGAGAGCACGCGCCUUCGAAAUCUUCCUUGGACUUUAUCAAUCUCGGCGAGGGUGUAAGUGUAGACUCGUUCCGGCGGCGAGCCUACCUUGCAAUCGGAAACGUCCUCAAUGAGGUCGAUCUGGAGACUCUGCGGGUUAUCUCGCAGCAACGCUAUCCUUGGUCCAUCUUUGCGCUCUCUCAAGAGACUGAUUAUUCAGUACCACUCACGCUAGCGACCACACUCAGCCUGCAGAUACAUGACUCUAGAUUAUCGGCCGCGGAAGAAGAGGAGGCCAUCAGUUUACGAUGCGAGAAGAACUCAGCGCCAAUGGUUCCAGAACUGGAUAUAUUUCCACACUACGACUCGCCGCAACUACAACUGCAACCAAAUGGUCUGCCGCCUCGUCGACUUCGCAGCCCGGGCCCUGAGCAAGAGAACUAUGCGCCGCUGUUCCAGCCCGGUCCUCUUUCUAUAUUACAUCCCCCAGCCCCGCACGUGAAUACCAUUUUGUUGGCCGGCCGGUUCCCUAGCAUUCUCUGCUAUGAUCGGCGAUUCUUCCCUCGCCUACAGAGCACCGUUCAUUCUGGCGCUCGACUAUGCGGUCUUGCUUCUGCUCCCGGGCCCCGCUUCCCCGUGUUCUCAGACUCCGUCUACCCUCAUUCCCACUCCAUUGUGGCUUGUGGCGAAUACAACGGCAGAGGCUCUUUGGAGCUUUACAAUCUUCAGUCCUCCUCUCGGGAAACCGACAACAGCAACCCAUCAGAGCGAACGUCACAGUUGACCCCAAUGUAUAGAAAUCGGCAAAGCGCGGCUAGUUCCAAGCUGCUGUCGGUGGCAUCGCACGGUAACCGCCUUGUCUACUCCGACUCCGAGGGCAAUAUCAAAUGGGUGGAGCGAAACGGCCGAGCAGAGGUACGACGAUGGAACCUCAACACUCCGCAGCCAUAUGAUCCAUCACAGCCGCGUGGUCUUUGGCCAAGCUCCGCACCCCAAAACCAGAACAGCGAGGUCGCACGAAAAGUCCUCCCUACCGGAGGAAACCUUUCCGGAGAUGAGUUACUGAUCUGGACGGGUGAGCGCAUUGGGCGCAUCAGGUUCUCCGUUCCUGAAGAUCGUUACCUUGACGAGAUCGACGAAGACGACUGGUUCAUGCAUGCAGAAGUCGACGAGGAGACGCGAGUAGCUAUGCGAAAGAAACAUCGUGACGAGUGGGAGAAGGAGAGAAGAUAUGAAGAGGCCAUGCGGCAAGCAUUGGAGAGACAGGCGGAUGAGGUGCGAUGGAUGGGGACGGACGGUAUGAGCUGA